AAGGAGCUCUGAAUCCUGGAUUUUUAUCUGUCGCUGUGAAACUGUGAUUGCUGCAGACUUUAUCACCUGCGGCCCAUUAUAUUUAUCUUUUACGGGGUGGUUCGGGACGGGAAAAGGACACAGAGAUGAAUUAGAUAAACUACAGCAACCUUUUAUCCUUCCAUCUACAGCUGGAGCUUGGCAUGCCAAACUAAAACUGUUUUUCACAGACUUUGUGAACAAUAAGACAAUCAAGGACCAAAACAAAGAAACUGAAAGUCUGAAUGGUGGAGCUGCAGACCGCAGAAUUACUGUAUUCAUGACAAACUCCUAGUUCUAGUGUGCUGAAGCAUUUCAGCAUUAAUCAAAGCUACCACCAGAAGAAAUAAGAACUUUCCUUCUAAACUGCGGUUUUGUGAAUAAACAAAAGAACAAAAUGGAUUAUCCUGCCUUCAGGGGCUGUGUCUGGCUUUAAUGUAUAAGAAAUAACACAGAACACCAGAAUAAAGCAACUUUAAUUGAAUACAUUGGAGCUCUGAAUACAAACCAGUCUCUGAAAUGACCUUUCCAGAGUGAAAUGUUAUUCCUCACAUGCACCUAACAGCAGGAAGCUGCCAUAUACACAGUUCCCCUUCACGUCACUGUAGAGUUAUGAUCUCCAAGAUAAAGGGCAGAUCCUUUUCUCCGAAAGAAAAAUAAUCUGCAGGCUGGAGAUUGGGAUGCAGACAAAAAGCAUGUUUUGGUGACCAAAAUAGCUGAGGAGGAAGAGCAACGUCUGGGAAAGAAAAAAAGGGAGUAUUAGAGAGAUGUGAAUAGAGAAGACUGGAUUGUUUCUCAGCCUUUUUUGCCAGAUUUUCAACAGAGCAAAACAAACUUGUGCAAUUUCUGUGGCAGUUGUCCAUGGGAACUCAUCCAAGGCACAUCGGAGCUGACCCUCAUGGGAGGUCCUGUUAGAUCGACAAUAAUACUUCAUGAAGCCCAAACUAAGAGCACACUUUUUCCGUCAAAUUCCAGCUGACUACAGGACAACAUUUGGAAGGAUUAUUGCUGAGAGUGGAGCCACUACCGGAAGCAGCAGCUUGGAAAGCUGAGCAACUCCUUUCCUUGUCCAUUUUUGUUUGUUUUCUUGUAUUUCAAGAAGUAUUCACUGCCUGCCAGUAAGGACUAAAAACUUCCAUCUUCCAACUUGACCGACAGUUUCAUCUUAUCAGGAGAGAAGAUUGAGCUGACUGGAACGAAACGCUCACAUAUCCUCCCCGCUGAGGGCUUUUGUUUCUGCUGCAGCUGAAGCAUUUUAGCAUGGAGAUGGAGAAGGGACAUACGUCUAUCAGGAGAGGAGUGAGCUGGAGUCCAGGAGGAUUGAGAAAACCUCUCCAGGCAACGCAAAACAUGCACACCCCUGGGACAGAUUGCAAUGCAUCAUGGGAGACGACAGGAUUCAACAAAGAACAGAUGAGCCGGAAAACAAAUCUGACCAGGAGUGCCAGUUUAUCAGAGAAGGAGCUAAAGGAGGCUCGUGUCAGGAGUCAGAUCAUCGCUGCUCAACUCACCAUACCUUCCAACUCCAGCUCCAGAGGCGUGCAGCUCUUCAACCGGCGCAAGCAGAGGGUCAACGCCUUCACGCUCGAAAGCUGCGGAGAGGGGUCAAGAGGGGACGGAGCUGAGGAUGUGAAAACAGAGACCUCAUCUAACAAACUAACAUGGGCAGAGAGGAGCACUGAGGACAAGGAUAGAGACCUGAACUUUAAGAAUACAAAGCCGCUCUUUUCACCACCUGGGAGGGUUCAUUCAGUAGGUGAAAUUAUGGAGGAGCCAGGUAAGGGUUUUCACAAGGGAGACGACAUGGAGGACAGUGUUAUCCAAGAGAGACAUUUCCUCCCUGUCAAGGAAGAGCAGGAGGAAGAGGAAGAGGCAAGAGAUAAAAUCCAUGAGGAGCUCGAGGAGAAAGUCAAGGAUGAGAUUCCCCCUGAAAGUAAUAAUACUGAUCCAGUUCUGAUGGGGCAUGCUGAAGGGGAGGCAGAGAUAAAUGGAGGCCACUCAGGGCCAGUUCCCACUGGAAAGCUCCAUAAUGGCUGCCACAGUACCUCUGGACCUGAGAGGGUGUCUGUGCCCUCAUCCAAGCAGACAAGCAGCAUCAUCAAUCGAACUGCCAGGCCCUUCUUCUCACCGCUGACAGUGCAGUCUCCAGAGACAGCCAGCCCCGUCAUGGACAUUCCCCCUGCUCCUUCUUACGCUACUCCUCCUCUACCUAUUUUUACUGCUCCACAACCUAUGGCGUUCUCACCACCACCUCCUCCGCCUCCAUCAUAUCCCACACCUCCUCUACCGGCCUUUACAAACCAACCCCCGCAGACCUACUACUCCAGUCCACCCCCAGUGUCUCCUGUCAUGUCCCCCUGCUCCCCUCCACCAGCCCACCAGUCUUCUGUAUCUCAGUACCCACCC